AGCAUUUGCAUACUUUAUUGAUAACUCGAGUUGAUAUAAAUUUCAGUUAAUUCUGUCCGAUAUUCAUGAUUAGAAAUUCGUUCUAAUUUUUUAAAAUAAAAUUACUUAAUUUACUAUAUUUUCUAAUUAUUUUAUUUCACGGUCUUGGAAAAUCCCUUUUAUUUUAUAUUUUUAUUAUUAAUAAUAGAAUAAAAUGUUUAAAUUAACUUUAUUUGUAACUAUUAACUUUGAUUGUUUUAAUGUUUCAUAAAUUUAUAGCUGUCUAUUAAGCCUAAGUAGAUUAAUUUUUGUAAUGGCUUACGGAUUAUCACUGUCAAUUAAAUAUUUUUUAUAAUGCAAGCUUAUAAAAGAUUUAUUUUACUUUGGUUUUUAUUUUUAUUGACGAUUUGUUUGUAUUUUUUUCAAUUAACUGGUAAAUCAAAAAAGUUUAAAAGUAAAGAAUCUAAAAAUAAUGGUCCAAAGAAAUUACCAUCUUUUAUUGAUGAUUGGGAACAAAUUAAUGAAAUUGGUCGACCACCAACACCAAAAUCAUAUGAUUUGAGACUACACAAUUCACUAUAUGUGUCUUACAAAAAAACCAAUAAAAAUUGCAGGAUGGAAACUUGUUUUGAUGCUUCGAGGUGUGACAAAAAUUUUCAUGUGUUUGUUUAUCCUUUGUCUGAACUUGACAGCAAUGGUUUAAUGACCUCAAGCCGUAGUAUAUUGUACCAAAAAAUGCUUGAUAUUAUUUUAGAAUCAAGAUAUUACACUGAUGACUAUACUAAAGCAUGUGUUUUUGUUGUUGCAAUUGAUACUCUGGAUCGAGAUCCCUUGUCUCCAGAUUAUAUUCGUAAUAUCCCUGUAAAGAUGCAACGCCUAAAACAUUGGAAUGGUGGCCGUAACCAUAUUAUUUUUAAUCUUUACUCUGGUUCUUGGCCAGAUUAUUAUGAAGAUGAUUUAGGAUUUUAUACUGGUGAUGCUAUUUUAGCUAAAGCUAGUAUGUCGGUAACAAAUAUGAGACCUGGUUUUGAUAUUUCUUUUCCCCUUUUUCACAAAAAACAUCCGGAAAGAGGAGGAGAAUCUGGAUUUGUUCGUUCUAAUACAUUUCCAAUUACAAAAAAAUACAAAUUGGCUUUUAAAGGGAAAAGAUAUGUUCUUGGCAUUGGAUCAGAAACAAGAAACUCUAUUUUUCAUUUACAUAAUGGCAAAGAUACAAUCAUAGUGACAACUUGUAAACAUGGAAAAAAUUGGAAAGAUGCUCAAGAUGAAAGGUGUAUUGUUGACAAUUCCUUAUAUGAGAAGUAUGAUUAUAGUGAGUUAUUAAAGAACUCAACAUUUUGUCUUGUACCUCGUGGUCGUCGAUUAGGAUCCUAUAGAUUUUUAGAAGCUUUACAAGCUGGAUGUAUUCCCGUUUUAUUAUCAAAUAAUUGGGCUCUUCCAUUUAAUGAAGUGAUUGACUGGAACAAAGCUGUGAUUUGGGCUGAUGAAAGACUAUUAUUUCAAGUCCCAGAAAUAAUUAAUUCUGUUUCAGAAACUAAACUUUUUGCCCUAAGACAACAAACACAGAUAUUAUGGGAGCAAUAUUUUAAUACAAUUGAAAAAAUUGUUUUUGUUACCUUUGAAAUAAUAAAAGAACGUUUACCUAUGUUACAAUCAAGAAAUGGAAUUAUAUGGAAUACAUCUCCUGGAGCUUUAGUGUCUCAACAUUCUUUCACUGGCAAUCUUCAUUUUAAUUUACCAUUUAAUUAUCAUUUGCUAGGUAAAAAACCUGGGACAAAUUUUACAGCUGUAAUAUUUUCUCAACAAAGUACUUUUCAUACACUUCUAAAUCGAUUAGUGAGAAAUUUGUCAGCUAGUAAAUAUUUAUCCCAAAUAGUUGUUAACUCAUGUGUUGAAAGUGGUGGAAAAAGUGGCUACCAGACAAUUGCAGGGACACAAAUAUUAAUUUCUUCUGGAAAUGGUUGUAGACGUUUUGAAUCUUUACCAUUCAUCAAAACUGAAGCUGUGCUAUCUUUAGAUGAUGAUGUUGUAUUAUCUACUGAUGAAAUUGAUUUCGCAUUUAAUGUAUGGCAGUCAUUUCCUGAAAGAAUAGUUGGUUUUCCUGCCAGAUCACAUUAUUGGGAUAGUAAUAAAGAUUCUUGGUUGUACUCAUCUAAAUGGACUAAUGAUUAUUCAAUUGUUCUCACUGGAGCUGCCUUUUAUCAUCAAUACUAUAAUACUCUUUAUACAACAUGGUUGAGUCCAUUAUUAAUAAAAACUGUUGAGCAAUCUCAUAACUGUGAGGAUAUACUCAUGAAUUGUCUAGUAAGUCAUGUUACCCGACAUCCACCAAUAAAAGUUUCUCAACGAAAACAUUACAAAGAACAAGGAAUUAACGGCAUGCCCAAAUCUCCAUGGAAUGAUCCAGAUCAUUUUAUGCAACGACAAACCUGUUUGAACACAUUUGUAGCACUUUUUGGAUACAUGCCAUUACUUCAAUCAAGUGUUCGAUUAGAUCCAAUACUGUUUAAAGAUCCAGUAUCAAACUUUCGAAAAAAAUAUAAACAAAUUGAACUUAUUUCUAAUUAGUUUUAUUUAAGUAAAAUAAAUAUCUUAGUCUAGGAAUACUUAAAUAUAUUUUUUGAAAAAAUAAUUGUUUAGUAUUGUAAAUAAAAACAAUUUUUAUUUAAAAUGA